UUUUUAAGCGCCUUAAUAAAUUCUGAAGAUACUAAUUUUCAGAAUUUUAUUAACACUCCAAAAUAACUAUAAGCAGAAUGCGUUUUCUUUCGAUAUUUUUUUUUGUUGUUAUGUGUGGGGUCAUCGACGAGGUGAAUUCUAUGAUGAUAAGGUACGUUGCCAAACAAAAGACGACGAAAAUAUAUAAAGAGGAUAUUGUGUCAGCUAAAACACCGGUUACGGAGGGCCAACCGGUGACUUGGCACAAAAGUUUCGAUCAAGGCGAGCUCUACUUCGGUGGUAUAGUGCGAUACAAGGAUGAAGAGGAAGACCUGGACUGGAGCGACAUUUGUGUGAAACUCAUAGACGGCUCGUCGACUCAUCUGGCGGGAGAAAUAUUACGAAAAACAUGGAUUCCCGACGGUUCUUGUCCUGUCAAGGAGGGAACCUUCAAAACGACAAAUCCCACGGAUCCGGACUACGUGGACUUGACUGAUCCGGCUCCAAAGUAUUCAUUCUUCCUAGACGUCGGAUAUUCUGAAGACGAUUUGAUUUUCUCCACGGAAUAUCUCGUGCAAAGAGUCGGUUAAAUUACGACUUCAAGUACAUUGUAUUUUUCCGACGAGCGCGUCGUCGAGUUCAACAAAUAAGU